UUAUUUUGUAGGUGUGCUUUUGUUCGCCGUUGUUUCCGGUCGGACUGAUUUCGGAGUGACGCCGUCGUCAUGAAUCCUGAAUCUCAGCGCGUUUUGGAGUUUUUGACAGAAGUUGAGGAGGCAGCUGAAGAUGUUCUCACCACGAAACAACAGAUUGUGGACCUCGACACAAAGCGAAAUAGGAACAGAGAGGCUUUAAAUGCACUGAAAAAUGAAAUGUCAGGCUCAGAGAAAGUGAAGGUUUGCUUUGGAAGCAUGUUCAUCAAACUGCCUAAAACAAAGACGACAGAGAUUAUUCAGAAAGAUCAGGAGCAGCUAGACAAGGAAAUAAAUGACCUUCGCAAAGAACUGAAAGCAAAGGUCAAUCACCUCAAUGAGAUACAAGGGAAACCAGAGCUAAGAGGCUACAACCUUUCUCCUCUGUCCAGGGAUGAACUGAAAGCGAUUAACAGCCUUAUCAAAAGAUGAGAUCUACAGAGAAAUAUGAUGCUCUGCUGAGGAGAGAGAGAAAACACAGCAACAUCUU